AUGUCGACUCGUACGGGUGAAAAACCUUAUAAUUAUAAAUGUGAUGGCGCUCUUGCUUCUCACAAACGAACACACACUGGAGAGAAACCGUAUAAAUGUGAUGUUUGUAGCUACUCAGCCACGCAAAUUAGCAAUCUUAUUUGUCACAAACGAAAACACACUGGAGAGAAACCUUAUAAAUGUGAUAUUUGUAGCUACUCAUCCACGGGAAGUAGCCAUCUUGCUUCUCACAAACGAACACACACUGGAGAGAAACCUUAUCAAUGUGAUAUUUGUAGCUACUCAGCCGCGCGAAUUGAAACUCUUAUUCGUCACAAACGAACCCACACCGGAGAGAAACCUUAUAAAUGUGAUAUUUGUAGCUACUCAGCCACGCAAAGUAGCCAUCUUGCUUCUCACAAACGAAAACACACUGGAGAGAAACCUUAUAAAUGCGAUAUUUGUAGCUACUCAGCCUCACAAAAUAGCACUCUUGCUUCUCACAAACGAACACACACUGGAGAGAGACCCUAUCCAUGUACUUUGUGUGACUAUAGAGCUAGCCGAUCAAGCGAUUUGAAGAGCCAUUUCCGAACCCAACACGGUAAAAAACCAUAUAAUGUAUAA